AUGGUUAAGCCCAUACGCGCCCGUUUUGCGGUGAUGGGUCUCGGACACAUCAGCGGUUGCCACAUCAAUCCCGCCGUCACAAUUGGCUUCCUCAUUGUCGGUGAAAUGAGCAUUCUGAAGAGUAUUUUCUACAUAAUUGUGCAAUUGGUUGGAGGCAUUGCUGGCGCAGCGUUUAUAUACGCUUCAGUAACCGCUGAUAUCGCCGGCACAAACUUGGGUGUUUCUGCGCCAGCAACCGGACUUGGUAGCGGACAAAUAGUACUAAUUGAGGCUUUGAUCACCUUCAUAUUGGUAUUCGUUGUCAAAGCUGUCUCCGAUCCAGGCCGUUCGGACAUCAAAGGUUCGGCGCCACUUGCCAUUGGACUCUCCAUUACAGCCGGUCACUUGUGUGCUGUUAAAUUGACUGGCUCCAGCAUGAAUCCAGCGCGUUCCUUUGGACCGGCUGUCGUUCAAAACGAAUGGACGGAUCACUGGGCCUACUGGGUUGGACCCAUACUUGGUGGCAUUAUUGCGGCAAUCUUUUACAAACUUUUCUUUAAGAGUGUAAGCGAGGAUUAACAAAAAUGCCGCAGAGAAAUGAAAUAAACAGUUCAACAGUUGUUUGCAACAAUUUGCCUUAAAAAUUAAACAACAACUAUGUAAUUAUGAUGUGCAUACAUUUACUUUAAUUUUUAUUUAUGUAUAUUACACAAUUUAUGUGCGUGUUGCUACGUCAUAAAUGUUCUUAUCUUAAAAUAAAUACAUACAUUAA